AUGGAUCAAGUUGAUCAGGCCUUGGCCCACGAGGAAGAAAUUCGUCUAAGAAACAUUCUACAGAAAGAACUGAAGACCAUUAACGAUGACAUUCUGUGAGUUGUGUUCCCUUUAUCUGUGGAGCACAUUAUCUUAAUAAUAUUGGAUAAUCAUUAAAAUAAUGGGGCUGUGGUUAAGAUAAUUAUCUUCUUGUUUUUUAUUUUAAAUAAGUCACCAAAAAUAAUUCCUCUUAUAUAAACCUAUGACCUGAUGAUACAGGUUGUCAAAGAAUGACCUUGAUCGUGUAAACAGAGCUGAGACUAGUUUGGAGAAUCAGGGCAGCCAGUCUCGGGAGAUUCAGCGCCAACUUGAAUCAAUACGGAAGCAAAAAGAAAAUAAGGUGAGUAACAAUUCACCCUUCGGGCAUUGAGGAAAGUUAAAGAACAUUAUUUGAUCAGCGACCCAGGGGUCAUCACAAAGGGGUGUAACCGGAUUUUUAUUUUUAUACAUUUAAUAUAAUAUAUAAGUUGGACAUUUGUGCUUAUUAGAUGGUUUAGUAUAUACAUAUACAUGAAUAUAAAAUAAGUGUCCUUACUAUUAAAAUCAUACUUACAACUACAUGAUGUAUUGGUGGUUGCUGUUGUGAUUGACAUCUGUUGACAUGUUAAACUUGCGUUUCGCUACUCACCAAAUUCAUGACAUUUAUUUUAUUCAGUUUAAUUUGUUUAUUCUGCAAGCUAAGACAGUUAAAAACCUUGAAGGUUCGUCGUGAGAAUGUUACCAGAAAGCUGAAGGCAUUCGAUAAGACAACAGAAGAUACUCAAAUCUCAGAACAAGGUUUGCAAUUAUUAAGUUGUUCUUCCGGACCAACUUUGAUUUUAAUUACUUGAAAGAUUAUAGAAAGACUGAAAUAUUAGAAUCGAAAAAUCACAACUUGAGCACAUUAAAUUUUCUGCUCAAUAGUAAUACAUUGUGUGUGGCAUUUCUCUACUUCUAGAUGUCUUGGUGAAUACAAAUCAAAUGUAUUUAACUGUACUUUUUAAAUUAAAAAAUAAAUUUUUCACAAUAUCUUUUUCAGAUAUGAUAAUGUUUUAAAGUCCAAGACAUAUUUUUUCACACACUAUAUUUUAUGAGAGGUUGUAGUUAUGUUCUUUUUAUAGUUUGGAUCUAGUGUUUUUACUAUUUACUAUAGAUUAAUUCUGUAUUUUUCGGUCUAAAAUGUUGAAAAAGAGUCAUUUAAAUAAUGUUUCAUUUCAUCAGGCAGCAGCACUUUUGACCAGGCAUUUCAAAUAGGGACCAAACGGGAGAGCGAAAGAGAGCUGCUAAUAAGAACUGGAGUUAUGACCCCUUUUGGUACCGUUGUGCAGAC